AUGGCUAAUAGUUCUAAAAAAGCUAUUGAAGAGUUUUUAGAUGAAAGUUUUGAGGAUGAAUCAGACAUAUCGAAUGUGUAUGAUUCUGAUGCCGACCCGGAAUAUCGACCAGGUGAGAAUAAUACUAAUAUUAAUUUUGCUGGGCCAUCACAAAGCUUAGAAUUAACAAGUGCAGACGAUCCAUCAGCUGAUGAAUCGUUUUCCGAAAGCUCAUGUGAUAGCAGGGAUGAUGAACCUAUUGAUAAUAGUAAUUUAUGGGUGAACAAUUAUUUAGACAUUCCAGACUUUGGUUUUAAUAGUGAUUCGAUAGGAAUAAAAUUAGAAAUUAAUGAAAGUGCUCGUAAUAAUCCAAUUGAAAUUUUUAAACAAAUUUGGACCGACGAAAUAACUGAAAUAUUUGUAUCUUCUAUUAAUAAAUAUGGUGAAAAUAUGAGUCUCCAAUGUCGUCCUCACAAUAAAGGAAGUAGAAAUACACAUUUUUAA